GUGUGUUGGCGGCAUCUGUUCGAGGCUGCAAGCAGGAACCGGUUUCGCGAAGCCCCCGGCUCCCUCCAUCGCUCCGGCGGCGGCUCCGGCGCGGCAGUGCAGCUCCACACAGCCUAGCCCUGGUCCACAGCCUAGCCCUGGUCCACAGCCAAGCCCUGGUGCGGCUGUGCACGGGUGUCCUGCGCUGCAUGCUGCGCGUGUCACUUAUGGCCACGCUCACAGCAGCCGCCAGCUUGUCACCAAAGCCGCGCGUGCUCGGCGUGACGGGCGGCAUCGCGAUGGGCAAAAGUACUAUUACGAGUCUAUUGCAAAACGUCUACCGCAUCCCGUUCCACGACGCCGACCAGUGCGUUCGGCGGCUCUAUGCAAAAGGCGGCCCGGCCGUCGCGCCCGUCGCGGCGGCGUUCGGUGAUGUCCUCAGCGAAGACGGCGCAAUCGACCGCGCGAAAUUGGGCGCCAAGCUCACGCAUCUCGAGGGCGCGGCGCGGACCAAAGCCUUCGAGCGACUUGAUGCGAUCGUGCACCCCCUCGUGCGAAAAGAGAGGGAGCGGUUCGUGCGCGACCAGACGUGCUGGCUUGUGGGGGUGGACAUUCCUCUGUUAUUCGAGACGGGCGCGGAGGGCAUCGACCACACGGUCGCGGUGUCCUGCGGCCGCGACGAACAACGAAGGCGCGCCCUGAAGCGCGAGGGCAUGACGCCGGCGAAGCUCGAUGCGAUCCUGGGGCGGCAGCUCGCGGACGAGGACCGCGUCGCGCGGGCCGACUUCGUCGUGGAGACGGACUGCUACGACAAGGCGCGGGCCCGGGGCCAGGCCGCCGCGGUCGUGGAAGAGCUCUGGGGCGCGUCUUCAUUGGAUGAGGCGGCGCCCUGCCGCGCCGUUUCCUUCGAUCUGGACAACACGCUCUGGCCGACGUGGCCGCCCAUAGCGGAAGCGAAAAACGCGCUGCCUUCCUUAAUUCGCGCGCACGUGCCCGGCGCCGCCGCGGCGUUCGGUGCCGAGGACGAUGAUAUUUUGAAGGGCCUCGCGGCGUUUGAACGGGACCGCCCGAUCCUGGAUAUGGAGAAGGACGUGCGCCACGACAUCACGGCGCGGCGGCGCGUUGUGUAUCGGCAGCUCGCGGAGAAAUAUGGGGAGCCCGUCUCGAAUGGAGACGCUCUCGCCGCGGCGUACGAGGACGCCCGGUCGGAGGCGACGGACGCCCAUUUGGACGGAGACGCCCUCGCCUGCGUCGCGUCAUUGCGAGCGAUGGGCGUCGAGACCGUCGGCGCGCUGACGAACGGCAACGCGCACGCCUGCGGCCGCCUCGGCGCCGUUUUAGAUUACUGGCUCACCGCGGGCGACGUCGGCGCGGCGAAGCCGCGCGCGCCGCCCUUUCUGGCGGCCUGCGCGCAGUCGCGCUGCGCGCCGUCCGAACUCGUCCACGUCGGCGACAGCCUCGCGGACGACGCGCUCGGAGCUCUAGAGUUCGGCGCGCGCGCGAUCCAGGUCCGGCGGUACGACUCCGAGAAGGAGCGCGACGACGGCGAGGACGUGCGGCGGCGGCUCGAGGCGUACGGCGCCGACCGCUUCGCGCGCGUCGACUCCGUCGCGGACGUGCCAAAAAUCAUCGCGCGCUGGCGGUAG